CCGUUCCGGGAGCAGGGCACGCCGAGUUAUUCCGUAAUAUUUAUUUUCCACCACUACUCGAGCAACGCGGUCUCUGGCAAGUCGAGUGUGAGUCACUACCUGGCCGAGCGCGGUGCUGGGCGCGCGCGUAUUUAUUCCUCGUCGUUUUCAUUCCUCAAUGAAACAUAUUCGCAUUGAAUCUGUAUAAUUGAAAUCAAACAAACGAAAAUAAACGACAUAGGAUCGGUGGAACGAAAUCGGGUGAAAUUUUGGGUGUGUUCGUAAUGAGUUCAUCAAUUUUCUAUUCAACUGAAAGGUUUGUCGAAGUGCGUGCGUGUUCGGUACUCUCCGAUAAUGGAAUAUUUGUGUUUUGACGAGGGAGAUAGCGACGGCGAAUUCAAGAGGAUUAAAAACAAUCGUCGUCGUCGACGACGCCGACGAUCGUGCUAGUGAAAACAGAACGAAAGUACAAUAAAUACAAUAAAUAAAUUUAAAGGAGAGAAGAUACGUCGCGAAUGGUGAACGAGGCGACAGCAACGUUGUACCGCAAAAUAUAUAUUUUUAUUGAUCGAACCGAUCGAAUCUCAGAGUCUCUGUUUCGAUCGUACUGAUACAUAAUACAGCGCCAACUCCGAAUAAUAAAUAUUGCAAGUCUAUCCGACACAUAUAUCAACAUAUAAAAAAGGUCUAUACACAUAUAUAUGCGUGAAUAUAAUCGAAGGAGCACGGAGCUCGUAACGAGAGCGCGGCGGCGAACGAGCCCCAUUGCAAGAGGUUCGAUGCGGACUCAGUUGGCGUCAGGCUUUACCCGAGUUCGUAAACUACCCGUGACUUCCGCUCUCCUUAUUUCCCCUAUUCCGUAUUUUUCUUCAUCCUCUAUUUUUUUCCUCAAGUCCUUAGCUCCGAUUCGUAGCGAGUAGAGCGCGAAACCGUGACCAUUGCACGAGAGAGUACAAACUCCUUAAUAAAUUUUAACGAAACAAAUACUCGGCGAGUCUCGCGAAGCGUUUUUUAUUUCACGCUCGUGUGUAUAUAGACACGAUAAAAAAAAAAAAAAAAAAAAAAAAAAAAGAAGAAGAACCGUGUGCGCGGGUGGAUGAAGAAAAAAGAUAUAGGAAUGGUUGAUCGAUUGUCGAGUCGAGGACGACGAGGUGAGGACGCAGACGAACUUCGUUACCGCAAGUUCACUCUUUCACGGCUCUCGGCAGCCGUCAACCCAAGAACUCGACGGAGGGGAAGUCAGCUGUACGAUCCAAGAUUCGCACGUGGCUCAGUCGCCCGCUAGUGUCAAGUGUUUUUUAUCCGUUCCGUUCCUCGACACGAGAGGUCGCGAUGCGUCACCUUCAAUUACUCUAAAUCAUUGUGUGACCCUCGCGUCUGUAUCCAUAUAUAUAUGUACAUAAUCUCGCUUUCCGAUAAGCCUUCAUCGCUGCGUGAUAAUUCACCAAUACGCACAAAUUUAAUCGACCAUCGAAUCACCGCUGCGAUCCCAUAAAAUACUUAUCAGAAUACUUCGAGGGACCCUACUCCACUUUUUUCUUCUCCUUUCCAAGUGUCCGAGUGUGUUUUCUUCGGGAACCCGUGUGCGCAAAUUUUUACUGCUUAAAAAGUGCGAGGGAGACUAAAGGAACGAGGCGAAGCGUCGUCUCGUUCUGACGCACGAAUCAAGUACGUAGACAAGCCACCUGUUUCGCGUGACGCGCCGUCCCAGUCGUACAUACAUUUUUUAUUUCUUUCGCUCUCCCUCUCGUCAUCGCUGUAUCGGCUCCCGACGACUUGUAUUUUUCGAUGCUACACAAUACCAGAUUUGCGGUAUGAACGAUCAAGCAUCAUCGAACAUAAAUUGAGAUUCGCGAGAAUGCUACCGAGAAAAGAUAACAACGUUGAGCCCUACGCUCUCGAAGACAUGAUCUCCGAUCUCCAAGCCCGAAGAAAUUCUCUCGACCACGAUGAUGCCGCUGCCGACCCUCUCGAACAACUGAAACAACGCGAGCGCGAUCUCGUACUCGCUGCCGAACUCGGCAAAGCUCUUCUCGAAAGGAAUCAGGAACUCACCAGACAGAGUGAAAUUCUCACUGAGGAAUACGCUUCGAAAGUUGAGAGUCUCGAGCAAGAAAGGCAUUUGCUGAGGCGGAGGUUGGAAGAGGCGAGAGGCGAGAGCGAGGCCAGAGCAUUGGAACUCCAAAGCGACGUCGAGAGCCUAAGGUCACAACUAGAGGAGCAAGGUGAUCGUGCGAGAAGAGCCGAAAGGGAUCAGGCCACUCUCGUUGCCGAACUGACCGCUCAAAAUACUCGACUCGCCGAUCAACUCAGAGAAGCUGCCAAACAGGAAGAACAAUUGUUGAUCGAGCUCAGAGUUCUCAGAGAAAAAUGUAACCUCAGAAGUACAACCCUGCAAGAUCAUGUCAGCAGCCUCGAAAUUCUCAGAGACGAGGUUCAACUCGUUUCCGCUCAGAGGACAGAACUGGAGAGGAGAUCACUCGAAUUACGAGAAGAACGAGCCCGGGCAGUCGCUGCUCUCGAGGAGGCUGAGGAGAGAGCCGUAGCUCUUGAAAGACUGAGUCACGAGGCUGAUCACCGUGCAAGGGUCGCCGAACAAGAAAGAGAUGAACUGGCGGCGCAACUGGCUGCGAUUGAAGCUGAAAGAAGAGCAAGAUCAGGUUCGAUACAAAAGCCACCGAGAUCACUACUCGCGGAAAUGGAAUGCGAAGUGAGCGGAAGCUCCCUCGGGGAUGCGGAGCAGGACCCAAGAACGGAAAUGGCAAGGGCGUGCAAGCGUCUCCGAGAACUUUUAUCCCAUUUGAGACGAGGGGAGGAUGACUCGGGUCUCCAGAGUGAUUGUGACGAGUCCAUGCUUCUUAUUGGUAACGCAGGAGAGAGCGCCGAACAGGGAAACUGUCCACCUGGAACGCUAUCAGACCUCGUCGAAGAGGUAUUCAGCCUGGCGCUAUCGGGGCGAGGUGCCCCGAGCGAAUUGGGAUUGGCUGUGGAGCUUCAUCGUGUAACGGAAGAGUUAGACAGUACGAAUCAGCAGUUAAAACAAGUGCAAGAAGAGUUGAAACGUCGUGGGGAGGCAUUGCUCGACACGACGAGUAAAUUGAGCGUUUGCGAGGCGGAACUUCGUGGAGUGAGAGAAGAACGAGAUAGGGCGAGAGGAGACAUCGAAGAUUCGGAAUUGACGAAGGACGAAGUGCGGGCUCAAGCCUACGCAGUACGCGAUCAAGCAGUGGCAAGGAAAAACCGUGCUGAAGUUGAACUGGCGAGAACGAGGAUCGAUGUUUUACAAGCUAACAGUCAGUUGAUGGAAGCGAUACAACAAAAGAUCGAACUUAGCCAACAGCUUGAACAGUGGCAAAUGGACAUGCAAGCUCUACUCGAUGAACACGUGAGAAGCAAAUUAACACCCGCGGCUAACGUUCCUUUAAGCAAUAAUGAAAACGGCGACGUCACUGCCCCAGCAAGAAAAAAAAGGAGCACCGGCUCGACCAAAAAAAGAUUCGGCCUCUUUUGAUUAAAUUCAAUAACUCAUCACCGAGUGAUAUUUAAAACGUUCGUACUCAAAAACUAUGCUUAUAAUAUAGCAAAAAAUCAAGCGACGAACUUUCACAUUUGUGACUCUCUAGUUGCGUCUUAUUUACCCCGUGUACAGACAUUUUCUAGGUUUGAAUAUGCUACUUUUUAUAUUUCGAACAAUCGACUAGUAAUCGUAGAACUCGUUCUCAACGCUAUACUGGAAUCUCGCAGAGGAAAUGAUCCGAGAAAUUACGACGUUUCGUUGCUCAUCAUUUUCUUACUCACGAGAAGCAUCAUUCUGUACAUACUUUAUACCGUUAUUUGUUACGUGUGUACUUAAUUCAAGGGAGAACUCGUUUUUUUUCAUCCCAAAAUCAAUUUUUUCGAAUUCUUCAUCCACUGACAAUGAGUUAAUGUAUGCAAUUCUUUUUUGCCCAUAAUCUUUUCCAACCAAUCAAUGAAUUUAACGGUGCAAUCAAAAAUGUUGCUGGAUAACGGUUUUUCUUCGAUUCAUCUGAAAAAAGAAUUUCCCAAUGUUCGUUCCCGUUUUUAUACAUUAUUUAAUUGUGUAUAUUAUUAUAUAAAAAACUUCCAACUAUUAACACUAUUCAAAAUAUCGAUUUUUUUGAAUAAGAAGAAAAGCGAUUCUCCCUUAAUCGUAAAAGUAAUAAGGGGAGUAGAGUUUUACAGAAAAAAAAAGGAAUUAUUCAUGUUAAUAAUUGUUGUGUACGACUGUUACUAGAAAUACGAUAAAGUGUGAUUCAAGCGAAGUAUUUACAGUCGCAUGAACACUCAUGAACAUCAAACGCCGCCGUCCCCGUUAUUUCCGUCCGACUCUAAUUCAUAUUUUUUUCUUUUCGAGUGAGUGUGAAAAGAGUCAGUAUAAAUUUAUAAAUAUGUUGGUACUCUUUGUACAUAGAAUAGAAGUAUGUUUAUGAGAAAAAAGUUUAUGAGGCAUUCCACAUGGAAGUUUAAUUUUCAUCUCCGAUCAUUGUUGCGGUACUACGCGAUUUUUUUACACUUGUGAAUUAGCAAAGGACCCAAAAUUUCGUUAUUUCAUUUACUUUAUAUUCGACUUUCAUUCGUUUCUUUUGUUAAUUAUUUUUUGUCAAUCCCAUGAAUCUGAAAAUGUUUAAUUAUAAUCUGUCAGUUUUCAUCCCUAGCCAGAAACAGAUUAACAAACCAUUUGAAAUAAUUGUGCGAGAAAACAGGCCACUGAGCUCGUCUUAAUAAUUUCGUGUUGCUGAUUCAAUGGAAAUUUGCUCGUUCGUUUUGGAUAAAACAAGAAUUAUUGACUAUUAAAUAUUUUCGUGUGAAAUGCCUCGUAUACGGACAUAUUGUGUUUGUGUAAAUUUAUAUUUAAAAUCGAUCAUGGGUUUUGAAAUGCGUGAGAAAAAUCAUCUACAUCGCUCUUCUACGUACGGAUGAUUGUGCAACGAAAUCGAUGUAGUAUAUGCGUGAGUUUGUGUGUCGUGUUAUAUAAUGUCGGCGAACGACUCGUUUCAUAAUUAUUUUCAAAUUUAUAUCGAUUUUCUUUCAUUCCUUCGCUCUCGCAGUCGAUUAUCUUUAUAAAGAUCAUUCGAUAAAAUACACGAAGUGAAGAGAAGUAAAAACAAUAUCGCGAAACAAAAAGUGAAAAGUUCACCGAAAUGGCGGUGGACAUUCGCUCAGAGGGUAUUUACAAUAGUUGAAUAGUGUGUAAAAAAAUGCGACGCUAGCUUGACAAGCAUAUAUUGUUACAUGCAAGUAUCGUAACAGAUGACUCGUCGAGCUGCGUUGCGAUCUCGACUCAGCACUGUGACACACAUAUAUUUAUUUAAUAAAAAAAAACGCGGAAUUUCCGUUUUGCAAAGUCA